UUACCUAGUUUUCACUUGCAGAGAAUUAGUAUUAACGUCACAAAUUGAACAUUACAACAAUUGUAUCAAGACAACAGCUUUGUGCUUUUCCUACAAAAAUACAGAUUCACGAAAUUACACAUUUACGACCAGAGCUUGUCUUUUUCUCUAUUUCUAUACCCUCUCAGCUUCGGAUCUUCCGAAGUUGUAUUCUCCUACAAAUUCGUUAAACCAUUUCAGAAAUUUGGCAACAUAUCACUGAAAGCAAAUAUAUUUGGGAUGCAGAAAGAUGGGGUUGAACAUCACCUCUUGGUUCUUAGACGCCUCUGAUUUUCCGUCUGCAUUGGGGUUAUUCUGUUUUCUCCAUAAUGAUUUCAAAUUUGCAGCUCAUACGGCAUUUAAGUUCUCGUGCCAGAUGCACAAUGAAGCCACAGUACUGAAGCACUGCCUUGUUGCAGACGGUUGAACGCCGAAACAAGGCCUCCUGCUCGUGAAAUAAACGAAUUAAUCAUAUCAGCAGGAGAAGAAUUAUUUAUAGUUUAAGGUAGGAUUGUUGGUUGAAAAUGGAGAAGAAAGGAAAUGUAUUGAUGCAGAAAUAUGAAUUGGGGAGAUUAUUAGGUCAAGGCAACUUUGCUAAGGUUUAUUAUGGAAGGAAUCUGAAAACUGGACAGGGUGUAGCUAUCAAGGUUAUUGAUAAAGAGAAGGUUCUAAAGGCUGGAUUGAUAGAACAGACCAAACGAGAGAUAUCUAUUAUGGCACUGGUCAAACACCCACAUGUUUUGCAGCUAUACGAGGUCAUGGCAACUAAGUCUAAGAUUUACUUUGUGAUCGAACAUGCCAAAGGCGGGGAGCUUUUUAACAAGCUGGCAAAGGGGAGGCUCAAGGAAGAUGUUGCUAGAAAGUUCUUUCAGCAACUGAUUGCUGCUGUUGAAUUUUGCCACAGCCGAGAUGUUUAUCACCGUGAUCUCAAACCGGAAAAUCUCCUGCUGGAUGAGAACGGAAACCUAAAGGUCUCAGACUUUGGAUUGAGUGCAUUGGCUGAGUCCAAGCGACAGGAUGGCUUACUCCACACAACGUGCGGUACGCCAGCAUAUGUUGCGCCCGAGGUGAUUGGUAGAAAAGGAUAUGAUGGUGCCAAAGCUGACAUCUGGUCAUCUGGGGUGAUCUUAUUUGUUUUGUUGGCUGGUUAUCUUCCAUUCCAUGACUCAAAUCUUAUGAAUAUGUAUAGGAAGAUAAGCAGGGCAGAAUACAAAUGCCCUAAUUGGUUCCCACUAGAAGUGCGUAAACUUCUCUCUAGGAUCCUCGACCCAAACCCUCAUACAAGGAUUUCGAUAGCCAAAAUUAAGGAAAUCUCCUGGUUUAAGAAAGGGUUGGAAUCCAGACAUGUGAGAACCAAACUAGUACAGAACCAAAAUGUUAAUGCAGAUGCUGUUUCCAGUUCGAGUUUGGAGAAGAGCAUCUGUUCCUGUGACGCAAAGCUAGAGUUGGCAAAACCUAUGAAUCUUAAUGCAUUUGAUAUCAUCUCUCUUUCAAGUGGGUUUGACUUGUCUGGUUUAUUCAUAAGAAAUGAUCAAAAGGAGGAAUUGCAAUUCACAUCAGUGAAGCCUGCCGCGGUCAUCAUAUACAAGCUUGAGGAAGUUGGCAGGAAUCUGAACCUAGAAAUAAAGAAAAAAGAGGGUGGAUUUUUGAGAUUAGAGGGAUCAAAAUAUGGAACUCUAUGCAUUGAUGUGCAAAUAUUUGAAGUUACUGAAUGCUAUUACUUGGUUGAGCUAAGAAGGUCAUGUGGUGAUGCUAUCGAGUACCAAAACAUGUUAACACAAUCUAUUAGACCAGCACUUGAGGAAAUUGUUUGUGCUUGGCAAGGUGUGCAAUCUCAUCAUUAGUAAGUAGAAUCACUAAAAAAAGAGCUUCUGAUUUCCAGAUGCUCACUCUGUCAGUUUAUCUUUUGUAUUUAAGUAGUAGUAUCUAAGCCAAUCCUAAUUCUGUCUGUUUGGUGUGCUAGUACUAAUUGUCAUUUUUCACUAUCUCCCUGUUUUCAGCACCCACCUAUAUAUCCAAGAAACUAUAUUUUCAAUUUGUU